CCCCUCCUGCCGUCCUUCCCCCAUACACUCACACACAUUCUCCCCUCCUCCUCCUCAUCACUCCUCCUCUCCCAAUACACACACACACCCCCCACUCCUAAUCUCCGCACUCUCUCUCCACACACACACACUCAGCCACUCACUGCGGCUGGGCGCCAGAGUCCAAGUGACAGGAAGGCUCUCUCUGUGUUGUUUGCGAGCACCUAUUCGCGUGACUGAGCGAGCGAACUCUUUAAUUAAUAGACAGCCUGCAUACACGAUCAUGGUACGUUAACGCGCUCUGCAUUACACACACGCACACCGAUCUGCUAAAUUAGCACGUGCACAACACGUGUAUUAAGCAUACACGCGUCUCAAACAACACCCAUUUUGAGAAGCGUUAAUGAAACGUAAUGAUAAAUCAUAGAGUCUAGUUGACUUGUCUAUAUACAUACGCACACGUGUACACAGUUACACACCCCGCACACGUGUAGACAGACUUACUGCCCGUGUGUUUAACUUGGUAAUCCAAAAGUGUGCACUGGCGCGGAUGUGUGUGUAAUUAAACACUUAACUGACCCCUGCGUACUCGAUUGACUAAGGAAGGCCUUACGGUCACAGAGGCUUACGGGGUUGAGAGUCCUGCAGAGGUGAGAUGAAGUUAUGGACAUCAUCACCAACGUCAACACAAUCAGCAGCAGCCGCCGCACCACUGCUGCGGCAAUAAUAACUUAUUGAUAGAGCCUCUGCAAAGCUCGCCCGUGUGCCGCCGGGGUGAGCUGCGCACGCGCUCGGCCCCCGGCCAUGACGGCGAUGGGCGGCGCGGUGCGCAAGGCGUCUUCGCUGGCGUGCGGCGGUGGCCAGCGCUACGCCUCCGUGGACGAGGAGGACAUCACCUCGGACCUCAUGCUCGACAUGAGCGGGCGCAAGAUCCGGCGCGCGCCGCCGCAGCUCUGCGCUCUGGGCCACAUCGUGAAGCUCUACCUGAGCAACAACCGCCUCCGCGAGCUGCCCGAGGAGUUCGGCUUCCUCAGCUCGCUGCGCAUCCUCGCGCUCGACUUCAACAAGUUCGAGGAGUUCCCGCCGGUGCUGUGCCGCCUCACCGAAUUGUGCCGCCUCUACCUGGGCAGCAACCUCCUGCAGGACCUGCCGGACGAGAUGCGCAGCCUCGUCAACCUCAAGGCGCUGUGGCUGGAGGGGAACUACCUGCGCCACUUGCCGCCGGUACUCUGGGAACUGCCGCAGCUUCGGUCGCUGCAGGUGGGCGACAACCGGCUGAAGGCGCUGCCUCGGGAGCUGCGCCGGCUGGCGAGCCUGAGGGGCCUCUGGCUCUACGGCAACCGCUUCGAGGAGUUUCCCGACGUGCUGCUGCACAUGGAGCUGCUGGAGAUCAUCGACGUGGACCGCAACCGCAUCUCGGAGUUCCCCAGCUUGGAGCGGCUCACGCGCCUCAAGGUCAUCUCGUACGACCACAACCCGUGCAAGGGCCCGCCGCGCGUCGCCCCCGGCGUGCUGCUGGUGGGCGACGGCGCCGAGGAGGCCAACAGCCUCAACGCGGCGGCGGCGGAGGACGGCGGGGACGGCGACGACGACGGAGGCGGGGGCAAUAACGACGAGUGCGGCGUGGUGCAUCACGGCAUAUUGAAGAACGGCACGCACAGCGCCGGGCACGCCAGCGACGAAGGGAUGUAAGGGGAUUGUGCGUCACCGAUUGGUUGACGAGAAUAGAUUCUCGCGCUUGUGAUGCACGCUUUGAGCCACGCGAGUGAGAAUCUAUUAUUUAUGAUGUAUGCAAGUAAUAUGCAAAUUAAAUACGUAGGGUAAUUGAGCAAAAAAAAACUGUACGAAAAAACACAGACGGGAACAAACGGCAAACAGAAAAAGUGAGGCAGUAAAAGCGAGAUGAAAAAGGAAGAAUUCACGAAUUGAUUUGUGAAAUGGAGUCGUGACAAUGAGUCGAAUGGCUGGGGAUGUGCAUUGCUACGUGGCUGGCACCGGAGCGGUGUUUCGGGGCUGACGUCGGACAGGUGCGGUGUCGCCGUGAGAUCAGAUUACCGGGCAGGUGUCACCAACUUCUGGCGAACGAGUCUCUCGACUUUAACGGGCAAUUCGGGCACUCCUUAUAUCUGUUGGUGGUCCAGAUCAAUCCAGUAAGCUGAAAUUCCACAUUCCCGUGACAGGGGCUUGUUAACAUGUCUUCCUAACCCCCCUCGUAGCGAUUUAAGGAACAUCCUUGACACAGCUGUGAAUGGCAGCGCCUCUAGUGGCUGCAGGGUUGACGUGACCCAAUUGCAUACAAGAUGAAUGACUCAAGAAGCGUUGGUUCUUACACACGGAAUUCCAUACAUAUGUUGCGAGCUUAACAAUCAAUACUGACCGAUGCAUCGAUAGCAGUGUUACACCCCGAACAAUGAUUGUUGGGUAUCGAUAAACCUUCAUUAUUGCUUAAAAACUCACCACAUUCGUCAAUAACAAUGGCCCAAAUUACAAUAGGCGACGUUUCUGACAAUGGCCCUUCUGCAUAAGCACGGGUUCAUUUCUCAAAUUGUUUAUCGUAUAUAUUUAGUUUUGCUUCUGCUUGUGCAUCACUGACAGUGCAGUUUCAGCACCACCAGAUUAUUUAUUGUAACUUAGUUUGUUUCAGUAUGUGAUCAGAUUACCGAUGCUUACCAUGUACGAGCUGAUUACUCUCUAUCAUUACGUCCGUUGUUUUUUUGUUAUCGAUAACGAUUCACGAACAAGGACGGUGAUGACGAUGGGGAAAUUCUGGAGUCAGUAGCUCAGGUCAAUGUGAGGUAGAGCGGCACACAGAGCACAACACAGCUGGCCCCCAGUCGAGCAACGACCUAAGGUAAUCAUGACAGUAACGAUGCAAUCAGAUUACACGACCGUAUGGAAAAUAAUUGCUUACGCAAUGUUCCUUCUAAACAAUUGAGCAAUCGGUAACGUCAUGCUCAAAACAAUCACGGACAUGCGCAGCCAAUGCCACCACGCACGCUGCUCGACGCUGUGGAGCGGUAGCCCAAUGGCUGGCGACCUUGCGCUGCGCUACGAACCUGGUCACCCGAGUUGGAUUCCUGCUCACGGCUAACAUCAGUGAUAUCUGACCUGCGCCUGGUAGUGCACACCUGCUUUCUCGAUUAAUCAUUGCACACGUGCAACUACAGUAAUGUGUAUACGCACAAAGAGAAAUAUUCCCCGUAUAGCCUUCGCAGACUGUUGGGGAAAGUCCUGGUAAUGUGCACUUACUAAAGCUGGCACACGAAGGGGGUGGGUGGCCAGCACGAUGCCCGACCCCCUUUGCCUUCCCAGUGCUGAUGUUUAGAAACUGUAUCAGGUACUCAUUUCAGGCUGAGUCGACCUAG